CGGGACCUGUGAGGGAAGGUGUGAGUUAUCCGUGUGUGGGCCGGCUACUGUGGAUAUUACACUUGUGUACAGAAGGUUCCUGCAGUUCCUGACUCCAGUUCCUACAGCAGACGGAGCCUCUCAGGCAGGUUUAUUUUUAACCUAGUUAAAGAGUGUUUUGUACGUCUGCUCGGGCCCUGGAAACGCCGGUUAAUACAUUAACUAAAAAUAGUUUGGAGGAGAGAAGAGGCUACAAGAAUAUGGCCGGUCAGCCCGAGGAGAACUACUAUGGCAAACACGGUGAGCCAAGGAAGUUUGACUCAAAGUUUAAAGGACCCAUUGGAAACAGGCACUGUACAGACAUCAUUUGCUGCAUCAUCUUUGUUGUGGUGAUUCUAGGCUACAUUGCGCUAGGCAUUGUGGCCUGGAUUCAUGGAGACCCAAGGAAGAUUGUGUAUGCAACAGACAGCUACGGGCAAUUUUGUGGACAAAAGGGGACUGCAAAUGAGAACAAGACCGUCUUAAUGUAUUUUAAUAUUCUGAAAUGUGCAAGUCCUGUGGUGCUUAUAAAUCUACAGUGUCCUACAACUCAGCUUUGCGUCACCAAAUGCCCAGACAGAUUUGCCACAUACCAGGAUACUAGGUUAACCAACCAGUGGGACUACUACAGGCUGUUCUGCAAACCUGGGUUUAACAACCCCAGAAAGUCUAUUGCAGAAGUUCUACGGGAUGAAGACUGCCCAUCUAUGAUCAUUCCCAGCAGGCCCUUUCUGCAGAGGUGCUUCCCGGACUUCUCCACCAGGAAUGGAGUUCUCACCGUCGCAAACAAGACUCUGUUUAAGGAUGGAAUUGGAAAGAUGAGGAAUGUAACAGACCUGCGAGAGGCGGCCAAUGGCAUAAACAGCGUGCUGGACGCAAGGUCGAUCGGUAUGAAGAUUUUCGAAGACUACGCCAGUUCCUGGUACUGGAUCUUAAUCGCCCUUUUCAUCGCUAUGGUCAUCAGUCUCCUCUUUCUCAUACUGCUGAGAUUCACUGCUGGAGUGUUUUUCUGGAUUUUUAUAGUUGGUGUAAUAGGCGUUGUGGGUUACGGCAUCUGGCAUUGUUACUGGGAAUACGACAGCCUGAAAGGCGUACCUGGAGCUGACCUAACCAUAUAUGACAUUGGGCUGCAGACGGACUUCAGAGUGUACUUACAGCUGAGGGAAACCUGGCUGGCAUUCAUGAUAAUCCUCUGUAUUGUGGAAGUCGUCAUCAUUCUUAUGCUGAUCUUCUUAAGAAACAGAAUCCAAAUCGCAAUCGCACUGUUGCAGGAAGGUUCCAGGGCUAUCGGAUACAUCAUGUCGACGCUCUUUUACCCAAUCAUCACUUUCAUCCUGAUCUCCAUCUGUAUCUCGUACUGGGCUGUCACCGCUGUGUUCCUGGCCACGUCCGGGGAAGCGGUGUAUAAAGUUAUGGCAAACAAGACCCUGUGUCAACACGCGGACGACGUCUGCACACCUGAGACUUUCAAUACCAGCAAUGUGCCCGCCUUGUGUCCUGGGGCUCAGUGUACGUUUGCUUUUUACGGGGGCGAGAACAUUUACUAUCGCUACAUCCUGGUCUUUCAGCUGUGUAACGUCUUUGUGUUCCUAUGGUUGGUGAAUUUCUCCAUCGCGCUGGGGCAGUGCACGCUGGCAGGUGCCUUCGCCUCCUAUUACUGGGCUUUUAAAAAACCCGCCGACAUCCCGACAUGCCCCCUCUUCUCAUCGUUUGGACGAGCAAUAAGAUAUCACACCGGAUCCCUGGCGUUUGGUUCUCUCAUCCUGGCUCUUGUACAGUUUAUCCGAAUUAUAUUGGAGUACUUAGACCAUAAACUUAAAGCGUCUCAGAAUUCCUGCGCUAAAUUCUUGUUAUGCUGCCUGAAAUGCUGCUUUUGGUGCCUGGAAAAGUUCAUAAAGUUCAUAAACAGGAAUGCAUACAUCAUGAUUGCCAUCUAUGGUAAAAACUUCUGUACUUCAGCAAGAGACGCGUUCUUCUUAUUGAUGAGAAAUGUUGUGCGGGUCGCUGUUCUGGACAAAGUAACAGAUUUCUUGCUCUUUCUAGGGAAGAUUUUUGUUGCCGGUUCAAUUGGUGUCCUAGCUUUCUUCUUCUUCACAAGAAAGAUUCCUUACAUAACUGAUGAAGCUCCCUCGCUGAAUUACUACUGGGUGCCCCUCCUGACAGUGAUCAUCGGAGCCUAUCUCAUAGCACACGGCUUUUUCAGUGUCUACGCAAUGUGUGUCGAUACUCUGUUCCUGUGUUUCUGCGAAGAUCUAGAGAGGAAUAACGGAUCUGCGUCCAAACCAUACUUCAUGUCACCAGAGCUGCAUAGGAUUCUGGGGAAAAAGGAACUUGGCUCAAAAAAGUCAAAGCGCUAAUUUUAUAGCACUGGCUUUUCCUAACAAAACGCACCUUUAACCCAAUAACUAAGCUUCGAAGAGGUACAUGAAGGUUGGACAGAAGAUUUGGUUUCCGUAUGAUUUCUGAAGUCCAGAGCUAAUAUGUCAGAUGAUAAUGAGGAUGGUUUACUUGGGCAAUGAGACAAGGACCUUCUAGUCAGGGCAUGGAAUAAUGACCUUGUGGCGUCAAAGCUCUUGAGCUUGCAGCCACCGGUGAGGGAGCGGUUGUGCCAGGAUCUUCUCAUACAGCUGUUUUGUUUGGACGUAUUCAUAGAGGGAUGAUGCAGGAAAGACCUGCUAGUAAGGGAGACCUGUGGCAAGCAAAUCGGUUGUUGAGGACCUCCGUGUCAGGUAGACCUCUUUGAGCAGUGAGGAUGGCCUUCACUUGGGACCAACCAUGAGAACAUCGAAGUUAGAUCUUUCCAGUUGAAGACUGAACGAAGACCUGUUGAGGAUAGUCCUUGAGUUUGGAAAUGUAUAUCGUACAAAAAGAAGAUUACAUUUUAGUGCCUACGAACAGGAACAAUGUCAAUAUAUAGCUUUUCCUAAAACUGCUUUUGAGGUUUUAAUAUUUUUAUAAAGCUGGUUUCUGUAUAAUAGGAUCUGCACUUCUUUUUAUAAUUAACAAGCUUUCACUUUUCAUAGAAGAAAUACUUGACAUAAAAUGGUACAUUGAUAUUAUUAGCCAUAUCUUGCUUUCUUUGCUUUUCGUUGGUAUUUUGCUUUACAAAGAGAGAUUUGGCUUCACAAACUUGACUUUAUCUCAACAUUUGGUGCUAAGGAAUAUUUGCACUUCACAGGACGAGCAUUUAGAUUAAUCUCCGGUCGGAUGCAAACACUAAGAUCGCCUGCUGCGGAUCACUGGAUAAUGACAGCUUUGUAUAGUUGUGCUCUUACCCGAGGGUUUAUUUUUAGUACCAUUAGCCUAUAUACAGUGGACGUGAUUUAUAUAAUGCAGGCAAAGCUACAAUAGACUGACAUUUGUGGUGUGUGUAUCACAAUAUUAUAUAAGCAAAAUUAAAUAAAUUACAUUUACAUACACACACAUAUGAACACAAACUCUACAGUAACUUUCAUUAUACAUAUUUUCCUGAUUUUAUAACACAUCGGUGGAAAAGCCUUCCAACAUCCUGGGGCAGAUAUUCAUGAUGGCACAAUUGGCCAUGACCUGAAUUUCCCGGGACUACUCUAGAUCCAGCCAAAAUAUACCUACGUGUGAUCCGUAAUACACGCCCAGAUAUGCAAACUCUGGCCCUCGCGGACAACUAAAACUGCAGGUUUGAAAACCGCUAAGGUGACCAAGGGUGCUCCUUCCAACGUGGCAAGAUGAACACCUUCCCUCAGGUGACAGAAUAUGGGUCUGGCACUACGGGGCAGGGUAUCCUCUUGUCACCGCGGCCACUAUAGCAAUGUAUGACAUCAGGACAGGCACAGGCGUAUAAUAAACCGGUUGAAACUUCGGGAUCCCCGGUGUAACUAUUUUCUAUUUCUGCCUGUUGUUCCACGCUGAUUGGCAUGUAAGGACAGCCGAAACUUAUCGCCACUGCCUGUAAUAUCCCUUUUCUCUGUUAAUUUUCCAGGUUCCUAGGUGGAUGUAAUCAGUUUUGUUUUAAAGGAAUGUUUUUAACAGCAAUUACUUCUGCACAGGAUAAAAAGUGGGGGCCCUGGAGCAGGACAUGAAAGCACAGUGGAGAUGAGGGGGAUAGACUGUUAUCUGCAUAGGAUAUCCAGUCUGAGAGGAAAGCAGCCCCUUUACAGGGUGAUUUUGUUGGGCAAUUAAUAGUUACCACCCAAACAAACACAAACAUCACAAACUGGGCCUGAUUCAGAUUUGUAAGUAAAGCAAAAAAAGCAAGCAACUUUGUGUCUGGAACAAACCAUGCUGCCAUGCGAGGGGAGCAAAUACAGUUAUAUUGUUUCUGUGCAGAGUAAAUACCGGCUGCUUUUGCAUGUAGGCCACAAAUGUUAGACAGCUUUAUUUUUACACUGCAAUUCAGAUUUCAGUUUGGACACACCCUACGCAAAUCUAACUCUCUCUGCACAUGUUACAUCUGUCCCGCUUGCAGUGCAGCAUGGUUUUGCCCAGUUGCUUGCUUUUUUGCUUUACUUAUGAAUAUGUGUCAGUCCUGUUGUAUACUGACAGAGGACAUCUUUCAGUUGGUUUUGCACAUCACACUGAGACCCGUUUCCAUACAACACUUCCGCUACUGCAAUAGUAUUCGUCACGCCACAAUUUAAAAUAUUUCGGUAAAGCCCUUAAAGUUUUUUUUCUUUAACUCCUAAAUAAUAAUCUUCUUGAAAUACUGUUUGUGUUUGUUGUUACUUGUGCGAACAAAUUGCGUCUCGGACUUGAUUUAGUGACAGUUAUUCUGAGUGACGCAAGGUGGCUGACAUACUGUAGACCCCAGUUUUGGUGCAAUAGUUUUCAUUAUAAACCUCUGAUAGAACUUGUGUUUUUUUUUUUUUUUUCUUCCUUGAAUUGAAAGUAAAACCUGAAAAUUCUAUUUACCAGAAGAAGCAACUUUAUCUUGCAAUGAUAAGUGCACUUAGGAAAUGGGGAGACUGCAGAUAUCACUGUAUUAUCGAGAAGUCAAAUAUGUAAAGUGACGAUUUAAUGAUAUGUAAAGAUCUAUAGGAAUCAUUACUAAGGACGCAGUUCUGCCAAACAAUUUUUAUGCAAGCUUGAUAACUACCACUUUCAUAAUUAUUGGUACGUUUUUAUAAUGUCUAGUUAAAAAAAAAAAAGUAAUGUAACGAGAUAAAGGGGUAUUUUAUACAUGACCAUGUAAAUAAAUAUUUAUGGCUGAUAAAAUCCUGGAUG